AUGAUCACAUUUCACUGUCUGUUGAAUAAAGAUUUCUCGUCAGCGCCUGACGAUGCUUUAUGGCAUCAGGAUAAAGCAGCUCGGCUAUACGAUGAUGCAACGGAACAUUUACGGGCGUUGUAUGCUAUGUAUGGUAAAAAUCUAACGGACGAAGAGCGUAAUUUAUUUGCUGUCGUAUACAAGGUUGAUGUACAUGUACCAAGCAAGAAACCAACAGACGUAACUACAUGCGAAUCAGAGCCACCACGAGCCAGGCAUAGCGGAGCCACAAAUGAAGGGACAGGGCUUAUGCUGUGCAAUGAUGACACGCGUAACCAGUGA